CCUUGUAUCGCUAGCAGAAAGCCAGAAACAAAUAAUCUGGCCGCUCCUCUAUGCAUUGAUUCAACCUCCUGAUUUCAAUCUUCAACUGAAUCAACAAAUUCUGUUAUUCUGUUUCUCACUUCAAUUCACGCAUUUUCAUCGAUCUAAUUCAACCACCACCAACAACAUUUCACCGCUUCAUGCGUGUUAGUUAGGUCACACAACGAUCAAACAUGAGAGCCAGAUUAUUAGUGUUCCCGAUCAAAGGAAGAAACUGGUGCUUCAUGCGAUCGGUUGACCGCUCAAACGCACAAUCGCAAUCUUCACAAUCUCCUACAACGUUUAAACAGCUUUGGGAGAAAGUUUCUUCGUCUUCUCAUAAAUCCACUGCUGCUAAUCUCGAGAUUUGUAUCGAUUUUGCAGCUAAUAAGAUGAAUAAGGCUUGGGCUGGUUUGGAGAAGGCGCCUCAAGGGAGUUUCAAGAAUAAAAUUCAUAGUUUGGGAUUAAAGCUUUUGUCGCGUGUUAAGCCGUCUGAGAUAUUUUUGAAAUCGAUACCGAAGCAGUUAAAUGGAGUUGAGGUUGUCUUCCCAUCAAGCUUAAAUCCAAGGCUUGUUCGACGAAGAUUAAGGCAUAUUGCUUUAAAGGGGACUAUUGUUCACAAGAAUUACUUUUAUGGAUCUGUGACACUGCUCCCAGUUACCUCUGCUUUUGCUGUUCUACCUUUGCCAAAUGUACCCUUCUUUUGGAUCUUAUUCCGCACUUAUUCCCACUGGAGAGCUCUUAAGGGAAGUGAGAAGCUUCUCGAGCUGGUAUCAGAUUCCUCAAAGAAUCAGAACUCUCAUGAGAAAGACCAUGUGAAUGAAGCAGCGGAAAAUGACUCCAAGAAGGAAACUCACCCGCCACUGGUAAUGCAAGCAUCUGAGGAGCUUGAAAGACUUAUUGGAGAUGGAAAUGAUGUUAGCAAGUGUACAUUAAAAGAGAUUAGCAAGGUGUUCGAUUUGAAUACAACGGACGUUCUAAAAUACCAUCAACAACAAAACUAGUUGCACUUGUUUUAGGAAUAAUAAGAGAAAGAUGGAAAAUUUUGAUUUGUUCAGCCAUGUAUUUAAAGACAGACAUGGAUGGAUCUCAUUGAUUGUUUUGUUUCUCAAAUUCUUCACAUGUUCAAUGAUUAUUAACACUUGUGUUACUGCUGUUGCAGUUGCUUUAUUUCAUAACUCAUUAGGAGGAAA